CCCUACCCUACCCAUGAGUGGAGGGAUGCUGUCUCCCUGGCCCUGCCCCUACCCUACCCAGGAGUGGAGGCCUGCUGUCUCCCUGGCCCUGCCCCUACCCUACCCAGGAGUGGAGGGCUGCUGUCUCCCUGGCCCUGCCCCUACCUUACCCAGGAGUGGAGGGCUGCUGUCUCCCUGGCCCUGCCCCUACCCUACCCAGGAGUGUAGGGCUGCUGCCUCCCUGGCCCUGCCCCUACCCUACCCAGGAGUGGAGGGAUGCUGUCUCCCUGGCCCUGCCCUACCCAGGAGUGGAGGCCUGCUGUCUCCCUGGCCCUGCCCCGACCCUACCCAGGAGUGGAGGCCUGCUGUCUCCCUGGCCCUGCCCCUACCCUACCCAGGAGUGUAGGGCUGCGGUCUCCCUGGCCCUGCCCCUACCCUACCCAGGAGUGUAGGGCUGCUGCCUCCCUGGCCCUGCCCCUACCCUACCCAGGAGUGGAGGGCUGCUGUCUCCCUGGCCCUGCCCCUACCCUACCCAGGAGUGGAGGGAUGCUGUCUCCCUGGCCCUGCCCUACCCAGGAGUGGAGGCCUGCUGUCUCCCUGGCCCUGCCCCGACCCUACCCAGGAGUGGAGGCCUGCUGUCUCCCUGGCCCUGCCCCUACCCUACCCAGGAGUGUAGGGCUGCGGUCUCCCUGGCCCUGCCCCUACCCUACCCAGGAGUGGAGGCCUGCUGUCUCCCUGGCCCUGCCCCUACCCUACCAUACCUUAAGGGAAGAUUUCGGCAGUACCUGUAUGGACCAGUUGCUGUGGGUGUGUCUCGCUGGCAUGGCAAUGGCCAAUAGGGACAUGACGACAGUGGAGGUGGCCUACGCUGCCAUUGGAGAGGGCGUUGGAGCUGGCUGUAAAACAUAAGACCCAUGUGGACACAGUGCAGGCCUACAGCCUGCAAGUUCCUGCAGGACUUUAGCAAGAAAGAGACCAACAAGAGGUUCAUGCAGUACGCUGACAGGUGGAGGUGAACUGGGAAAAGAUCCAGGUUAAGGAGAGAGAGAAGGCUGCCAUCACCUCUGUCGGGAGCAGCUUGGCCUCUCGACUCUGACCCUUGACCCCACACCUCUGACCUCAUCCAGGGGCCAAAUGUACAACAUAUUUUCAAGUUGUCAUUUAUCCAACAUGGUUAGUGUUAUUUUUGUGUUUGUGUUUUUAUAAAAAAUAUAUAUUUUUACAAUUUAACUUAAAUGCCUUAUUCUCUUAGAAUGUACAUAUGUAGACGUUUAAUAAAUACAUAUUUAUCAGAUCGA